AUGGGUAAGGGACAGCCUAGAGGAUUAAACGCCGCCCGCAAGCUCGCGACCACCCGCCGCGAGAACCGCUGGGCCGAUCUGCACUACAAGAAGCGCCUCCUCGGUACCGCCUACAAGUCCUCCCCCUUCGGUGGUGCUUCCCACGCCAAGGGUAUCGUCCUUGAGAAGGUCGGUGUUGAGGCCAAGCAGCCCAACUCCGCCAUUCGCAAGUGUGUCAAGGUCCAGCUUAUCAAGAACGGCAAGAAGGUCACUGCUUUCGUCCCCAACGACGGUUGCUUGAACUUCAUCGAUGAGAACGACGAGGUUCUCCUUGCCGGUUUCGGUCGCAAGGGCAAGGCCAAGGGUGAUAUUCCCGGUGUCCGUUUCAAGGUCGUCAAGGUUUCCGGUGUCGGUCUGAUGGCUCUGUGGAAGGAGAAGAAGGAGAAGCCCCGUUCGUAA